AUGAGUGCAUUAGCCACAUUUACGCUGCUGCUGCUGCUGCUGCAGCUGCUGAGCACUAAAGCUCAAAAUUGGGGCUCUGCCGCACCCGCAGCACAAGGAAAUUUAACGCUGGAUACGCGUCAGCUUAUAGUGGGCACGCUAUUGCCGCCACAAGUGCCGCCUGCUAGCUGGUCGCCUGUGCCGCAAAUUGUUGCACCCAGCGCCAGCAACUGCCGCUGCGUGCCGCCUGGCAGUUGUCCCAAUCCUUUGCCCACUGUUCCCAGCGAUGGCAGCGGACAAAUUGAUAUACGCAUAGUCAACAGCGGCGGCGUGACUGGUGUGCCCACAGCAGCGCCGCCUUUGAGCUGCAGCUUUGGACUUGUUGCUUGCUGUCAAGCGGGCGCAUAUCAGUGCGGCUUGCGCUUUCCGCCGCCACCAGGCGCUGCGCUGGCAGGUCCUGGCCAAGCUAGUUUUGGCGCUUAUCCUUGGCAAGUAGCACUCCUGACUACAGCGGAUGUUUAUUUGGGCGGCGGCGCUUUGAUAACAGCGCAACAUGUGCUCACAGCCGCUCACAAGGUUUACAAUCUAGCUUUGACUUCCUUUAAGGUGCGCCUGGGUGAAUGGGAUGCAGCCAGCACCAGCGAGCCCAUACCCGCGCAGGAUGUUGCCAUCUCCAAUGUGUAUGUGAAUCCCGCUUUCAAUCCCAAUAAUCUGCAGAAUAAUGUAGCCAUACUGAAGCUAGCCACGCCCAUUGCUAUCAAUACACGCUCCACCAUUGGCACUGUCUGCUUGCCUGCCACCAAUUUUGUGGGUCAACGCUGCUGGGUCGCCGGCUGGGGCAAGAAUGAUUUUGGUCCAACGGGCGCCUAUCAGGCGAUUAUGCGUCAAGUGGACGUGCCGCUUAUACCCAAUGCCAACUGCGAGGCCGCGCUGCGUGCUACGCGUCUGGGGCCCACUUUUCAGCUCAGCCCCACCAGCUUUGUGUGCGCUGGCGGCGAAGCUGGCAAGGAUGCCUGCACUGGCGAUGGCGGCUCACCGCUUGUGUGCACUGCCAACGGCGUUUGGUUUGUGGUCGGACUUGUGGCCUGGGGCAUUGGCUGCGGGCAGGCGAACGUGCCGGGCGUCUAUGUUAAUGUGGGCACCUAUUUGCCCUGGAUACAAACAACGCUGACGCUAUAAAAGUUGCUCAACUAUUGAUUAGGCAUAACAGUUUAGAGUGAGGCGCUUCCAAAUAAGUGGGGAAAAACCCGCAUGUGCUAGUCUUAAGUGUUUAUCGUAUGAAUUAUUUAUUAA